GUUCGGUGAAAAUGCUCAAGACGCCGAAAUUUCUCACUCGGCGAUUGAAGACUAAUUUAAGUUGUACAAAUAACCUCCUUACACGAUUAUGUUGUGUAAUCAAGUAUCAUCCUCGAUCUUCAAUAACUUGGGAUGAGAUUUUCUCCUCGCUUGUCAAAACUGUCCUAAGAUUUGCAAGAAUGCAAAACCAGUAUCUUGACCUCUCAAUCCCUCCUGCGGAUCCUGCAUUUACUCUGAUGGCCGAUUUCGAGGCCGACCAUCACCCAAGGAAAGUUUCUCUGAUUGCCGGCACAUAUCGUGAUGAAUAUGGGAACCCUUGGGUCUUGCCAAGUGUGAGAGAGGCGAAAAAGAUCCUGAGCGAUAUCACCCACGAAUACUCAGCUAUAGCAGGCUCGCCAACUUUCAUCAACCUAGCAAAGGAGCUCGUCUUCGGACGAAGCCUCCUGUCCAGACUUGAAGACAACGCCGCAUCGAUUCAAACUGUCUCCGGGACGGGAGCAAACCAUCUCGCAGCCACCUUCCUGGCCCGCCACCUCCGCCCAGCCCGCGUUCUCAUCCCUGCCCAGACGUGGAUCAACCACAAAUCAAUAUGGGAGAUGGCCGGGGUCCCCGUUGCAGAAUACCCGUACUAUUCCCUGGCCACAAAGACAGUGGAUUUCACUGGUAUGCUGGAUACCCUGGAGAACAUCGCCGAGACCAGCGAUGUUGUUAUCCUGCAGGCGUGCGCGCAUAACCCCACGGGAGUGGACCUAUCCCAAGCUCAAUGGAUGCAGGUCGCCGACCUUGUCCGGCGAAAGAAUCUCUUCGUUGUCUUUGAUAGUGCAUAUCAGGGCUUCGCUACUGGUGAUGUCAAUGGCGACGCAUGGGCGGUUCGGCACUUCGCAGAGAAUAUCUUGCUCACCAAUAAAACCAAGAUGGCGCAUCCGCAUCGCGGUAUGAGUAUGUGCGUGGCGCAGUCUUUCUCUAAGAAUUUUGGCCUAUACGGGGAGCGUGUAGGUGCCUUGCAUCUUGUCGUACCGCCGCAUCUUUCAGCGCAGGGUGCUUGCGGUGAACUGAUGGCCAUUGCUCGGGCGGAAUAUUCUAAUCCGCCCCAAUUCGGCUCGAGGAUUGUUGAAACCGUACUUGGUGAUUCGGCGUUGAGGGCUCAGUGGGAGAGGGAUUUGGAAACGAUGAGUUCACGGAUUCGGAAGAUGAGACGGGAACUGAGGCGCAGGUUGGAGGGUGAGACAGGACUAGAUUGGUCGCGUCUUGAGACGGAGACUGGAAUGUUUACAUAUACGGGGUUUGACAAAGGGCAGGUUGCUCGACUGCGAGGCGAGUUCCAUGUUUAUCUGUUGCCAUCCGGGCGAAUGAGUGUUUGUGGUUUAAAUGAGAGCAAUGUCCAAUAUGUUGCUCACGCUAUCAGCCAAGUUCUGAGGACUAAUAUCUAAAAAAUUAACGUCCUUGAAGGUCAAUGCAACUGUAGCUCUAGUUCAAAAGUUUCACAAUCGUCACUACAGCUGUUUGCUCUAUUCAUGACGGGGCUGGCGGUCUCAACUAAUAC